AACAUAUUUCUUCCAACUCAAAAAUGGAAAGGAUAAACCUAACACUUUUCCUUGCUAUCUUCCUGUGUUUUCUGAGCUUUGCUGCUGCACAAAGUGCCUCAAAUGUUCGAGCCACAUACCAUUUCUAUAAUCCUGCACAAAAUGGAUGGAAUCUGAAUGCAGUUAGUGCAUAUUGUUCAACAUGGGAUGCCAAUAAACCCCUGGCAUGGAGGAAAAAAUAUGGAUGGACAGCUUUUUGUGGACCGGUUGGACCUCAUGGUCAAGCUGCUUGUGGGAGGUGCUUAAGGGUCACAAAUAGAGCAACAGGAGCUCAAGUUACUGCAAGAAUUGUUGAUCAAUGCAGCAAUGGAGGGCUGGAUUUGGAUGCUGCUGUCUUUAAAAGACUUGAUACUGAUGGAAGGGGCAAUGCUCAAGGUCACUUGAUGGUCAACUACCAAUUUGUGCCGUGUUGAAGUCCUCGUUAAGAGGCUGGAAUUUCCUUUUUGUUACAAGAACUUGGAAUAACAUGUCAUGUCAAAAGAAUAUAAAAUUUGAGAUUUCUCUUCCAAUCUGAAUAAGUUCACUCCAUAGAGGACGAAAACUUUUUCAGAAGUAAAAUUUCGUGUGCAAGUUUGCAAUAAAAGAGUGAAUAAAACAGUCAUGACUUUUAUUAGGAAAUC